AUGAAGGCAGGGACGCCUGCACACUGGCUGCCGUCACUACGAGAAGGAGCUUACCCUCGGGAAGACCGCGUAGGAAGUAGGAGGCCGCGGCGCUCUAGAGCAUGUAUUCUUCUGGAGAACAAGCGACUUGUGGCCGCAAUGUCGCUGAAUUUAUUUGUACUCAACGCCUCGUCGAGUGUUCGACUGCUGCGUCCGCAAGCGGCUGGUGAACACCCCCGUCUGACGCUUCAGCCACUGAUGCGGCAUGGUGUACAAGGAACCACAGCGGACAGCACGUACAACAGUCCCCUCAUGGCGAGCAUUAAGGCCUGUGAAUGCUGGCGGAUUGCACUGGCUGGCUUCAGCGUAUCCUGUUGUGGUGAAUGCUGGCGGGUUUCUCGUUUUUCGAAGAGGCGUACCCGUUGA